AUGGGGCGGAGAAAGUUGGAGAUGAAGCGAAUCGAAAACAAGAAUAGCAGACAAGUGACGUUUUCAAAGCGGAGAUUAGGGUUGAACAAUAAAGCGCGACAGCUUUCCGUUCUCUGCGAUGUCGACGUCGCCGUCGUCGUCUUCUCCUCCAGUGGCAACCUCUAUGAAUAUUGCAGCGGUAGUACGGAAAGGUCAGCCAUUGUUUUGUAUUAUAUUCAAUAUCAUAUUUUCUUUUUAGCCUUUGCGAGUGUAUGCUGUCAUGUACGGAGCAAACAAUAA